AUGAGUGACAGUGACAGAAACAACCGGCUAUACGGUGUGUUGGGGGUGACGAGGGACGCGGACGUGCAAGAGAUUAAAACGGCUUAUAGGAAGCUUGCCCUGAAGCAUCAUCCGGAUAAAUACGUGGACCAGGACUCGAAAGAUGUGAAUGAGAUCAAAUUCAAGGAGAUUACCGCAGCCUAUGAGAUCUUGAGCGAUCCGGAAAAGAAAUCGCAUUAUGACUUGUAUGGCGACGAUAAUGGCACCGCUAAUGGCGGUGGUACUGAUGGGUUUGGAAAUGACGAUUUCAUGAACUUCUUUAAUAAUUUCUUCAACGACGGAGGCCAUGAGGGGAACGGUUUUUCCAAUGAGUACAAAAUGUACGAAGACAAUGAUUCUGCGAGUUCGAAGGACAUCGAUAUCGAUAUAUCUUUGACGAUGAAGGAUUUAUACAUGGGCAAGAAGUUGAGAUUUGAUUUGAAGAGACAAGUCGUAUGCAUGAAGUGCCACGGAUCUGGUUGGAAAACGAAGAAAAGAGUACAUGUGACACACGAAGUGGAAUGUGAAUCCUGUGGCGGGAAAGGUUCGAAAGAACGUCUCAAGAGGUUUGGGCCCGGUUUGGUAGCGUCACAAUGGGUGAUGUGUGAGAAAUGUCAUGGUAAGGGAAAAUACAGGAAAAGUCCUAAGAACCCGAAGAACUUUUGCCCUGAUUGUGCGGGCGUGGGGCUUCAGUCAAAGAAGGAAGUCAUCACGGUAAUCGUCGCUCCGGGCCACCAUUUCAACGAUGUUAUUACUAUCGAGGGGAUGGCUGACGAAGAAAUCGGCAAGGCUGCGUGUGGUGACUUGAGAUUCCAUCUCAAUGAGAGGCAAGAGGACUGGUUCGCGAAGCAAGUUUUCUUGAAGAACUUUGGCGAUGGCAACAUGGAAGAUUCAUAUGUAAGCGUUACGAUAUCGCUAAGCGAGGCGUUGACAGGGUUUGAAAAAUUCCUGACAAAAACCUUCGACGACAGGUUGCUGACACUGAGUAUCAAACCGGGGAGAGUCAUAAGACCCGGUGAUGUCCUCAAAAUCACCAAUGAAGGUUGGCCCAUCUUGGACGACGCUCGUGGCCGAUGCGGCGAUCUGUAUGUUUUCAUCCAUAUUGAAUUCCCACCAGAUAAUUGGUUCAAUGAAAAGUCAGAGCUGCUGGGAAUAAAGACGAAUCUGCCGUCGUCGUCGUCGUCUUCUUGCGCCUCUGGCGACGCCAAUGAUCUGAUCAAUAACGAAACAGUGUCAAAUUUCCAGAUUAUUCACACGGAUGACCUUCCUGAAGGGGUGAAGACGUUCAAACCAAAACCGCAAAAUCCAGCACAUAAAAAGGCAAGAAGUGCAUAUUGCCCCAUGCAAUGA